AUGGACUUCCACGGCGGUUCAGUAACUGGCGCAACCGCGGAAAAACUCAGUGAAAUGCCUCGUUUUCACAAGCGUUACUCCAAGGGUUUGAUGACCAUGGAGACGGCUCUGGAGAUGGAAACUUGGAACCAUGAGGAUCAGCACGUGUUUAACACUAAUGGACGGUUUAACGAGUAUUACACGACCUACAAGGAAGCUGAGAUUAGAGAUCUAACGCGUGGUUUGGCUGAAGCCACGAAAGUGAAGAAAAAUAUUGCUCGUUUAAGGGAUGAUGCGCAAACCAUUAGAAAAAGACUCCGAUCUAGCCAUCUUGCUAUGGUGGAUGGCACACAUCUUGAAUCUGAUUAUGAGGUUAUAAAGGAGCCAGAAACCACAAGAGAUUUGUAUCUUGUUCCUCAAGCUAAUAAAGGUAAGAAAGCAGAAUUAGGGGUUGCAAUUUUUGAUAUGAAAGAUAAUCUCUUGGAGGGACAACUACAAGAAAAUUACAUGACCCUCAUGGGAAGAAGAGCUAUGUAUCCUCUUUAUAAAGCUAAGGGGAAAGAAUCUUGCCUUCUUGAUGGAACGAUACCUAAUUGUCUUCACUACGGCUGCACGACUCAGCUGUCUGUUGAUACAUGUGGCAAGCUUCUGACUCCUGAGAUGUGUUUGAAGUGGAAAGAGAGGACUAAAGAGAACUCAAUUCAUUACAACGAGAGAGUUUAUUGUCCUUAUAAAAACUGCUCUUACUUGAUGUCCAGAACCGAGCUUGUUUUAGGUUCUGCAUGUGGACAUAGGAAAUGCUUGAAAUGUGGUUGCUCCUUCUGCUUCUACUGCAAGGCUCCAUGGCAUAGUAUGCUAUCGUGCACCGAUUACAAGAAGUUGCAUUCUAAUACUCAAAAUGCAAAGCUGAUUUCUCUGGCAAAUCUUAGUGGGUGGCGUCAGUGCGGCAAGUGCAACCACAUGGUUGAACGUUCUGGCGGAUGCGGCCACAUGACUUGUAGGUAA